AUGGCGUGGCAAUUGCAGCAAACAAUGGCCACGAUGACUAUAUGCUUUCGGACGUCCUCGCCGGUAACGGUGCGCUGUGCUGCGGCGGCUCGGCGGUCUGCCAACUACGCUCCCAGCUCCUGGGAUUACGACUCCCUCCUCCACCUCUCGCCCAACAAUGGCGGACAGGCAGAUCAAGUCGAUAAGUUGAAGGCCGGCGUGAGGGAGCGGCUGGUAGCGGCGACCCGUGGAUCAGAUGAUGUCAAAGGGCUCCUCUCACUCUAUGAGGCUUCAUACCUUGCGUUCGGUGCCGGUAUCCUCAGCUCCGUCCACCGCAAGCCUCACCUGUGCAGCGGGGAUGAUUGUGAUGUUGCUUCCACGGCAUUGAGGUUCAGGUUGCUCAGGGACAGUGGUUUCCCAGUCUACUUCCCUCCAGAAUCUCUGGAAGAUCUCAAGCGCGGAUCAGAUGAUGUCAAGGGGCUCCUCUCACUCUAUGAGGCUUCAUACCUUGCGUUUGAAGGCGAGGAAGCAUUGGACGAAGCGAGAGCAUUUUGUAAGGAAGCUCUCCGAAAGCACUUGCCAUCCCUAGAUCACCACUUACGCCGCAGUGUGGUCCGUGCUUUGGACCUUCCAUUGCACCGGAGGUCUCCUAGACUAGAAGCAAGAUGGUUCAUAGAUCACUAUGCUAGAGAUGAGAGCAAUUCCGACCCAUUGUUCGUUAGAUUUGCCACGACGGACUUCAACAAUGUGCAAAGUGUGCAUCAGGAAGAACUUGCGAGUCUGGCAAGGUGGUGGAAGGGGACUGCCCUUAGUGAAAAAUUGGGGUUCGCCAGGGAUCGUCUCAUGGAGUGCUUCCAUUACGCAAAUGGAAUUGUGUGGGAGCCAAACAAUGGAGCGUGCCGAGAAGUGCUUGCUAAAGUCGCCAAUCUAAUAGUUCACUUAGAUGAUGUUUAUGAUGUGUAUGGAACUCUAGAUGAACUUGUUCUCUUCACCGACGCCAUUGGAAGGUGGGAAGAAAGUCCUGGUGAAAGACUCCCCGAAUACAUGCAAGCAGUCUAUUCCGUGAUGUACAACACAUCCGCUGAGGUGGCUGAAAAUGUGUUGGAACAACAUGGUUGCGACGCCCGUCAUGUUCUUCAGAAAGCGUGGCGAGACAUGGCGGAUUCUUUCCUGGUGGAGGCAAAGUGGCACCAUGGAAACCACAGACCAACACUGCAUGAGUAUCUGGACAAUGGAUCAAUUUCAGUCCUCUGCUCCACUGUUGCUGCAACAUGCGUUUCCCCUGCUACGUGUGGAUGA